GUCCGGGCCGCCGCUCCGGCCGCUGUUCCUGCGCCUGCGCGGCUCUGCCCACCAGGGCCCCGCGGCGGAUUCGGAGCGGGCGAGGCGCGCUGCGCGUUGUGACCCUGCCCGGGAGAGCGGCCGCCGCGUGGGGUGAGUGUCCCGCUCCGGCGCCUUCCCGCCUGGCGGGGCCGCGAGAGCUGGGGCGGGGGGGGGACCCAGCUGUCAGGGCCCCCCCACAGCGAAGGGGCUGCGAGCGCUGCGGUCGGUCCUGCCCUGGCUGCACCUCCAGCUCGUGUAGACAAGCCCUGAGAGUCUCCCCAGAGGUGCCGGGCUUCGAGCUCCAUGCUUGGAAAUCAACCAUCCAGUCAUCUGCAGAGCACCCGAGACGGGACAAUGGAGGCUGCCAGCCUGCCAAAUGAAGGCCAGUUUGCCCCAGGCUCCUUCCUGGAGAAGCUGAACUCCCUGGUGAAAGGAAUCGGCUGCCCCAAUCCCGAUGUGGGGAGGGCCCCACACAAAGCCUUUGACAAGAGAUGGGCAAGUCUGUCACGUCCAGCCCCUUCCGCUCCCUCUGCCGAGGUGCCAGUGACCGGAUCCCCUCCAUCAUCUUGCUCCAACGGACUCCCUACUGUUGUACCACUGCCUGUGAGCGCUCAGCGAGAGCCUGUCACCAAACUGAUCACUGAGGCUAGCGUCUCGUCUGCUCGGGGAAGCAGGACAGCCGCCCGCCCCCCACUUGCUCCCACAGCUCCGCACCAGGCCUCCAGCGUGGCCCAGGAGCCAUCUCUCCGGGCGGCUCUGGCGCUCCAGGGUGGCACCAGCAGCCUCGACGAGCAGGCCCAGCAGCUGGAUGUGGAGAUCAAUGAGCUGAUCCAGCAGUGGGAGCUCAGGCCCGAGGAUGAGGAUUUGGAGGACACGGCCUCGUCCGUGCUGCUGAAGAGUAAAUGGUGCUGGGGUGACCCCAUGGACCUGGACGAUGAGUUCAUCCGGGAGGACCCUGCCUACGACGCAGACAGGGUGGAGAGCAAGGCUCUGGAAGCAGAUGAUGUAAAGGGCCAGGCCGGCAGCCCAGCAGUGCCACCUUCCUCGCCCUCCUCCCCUGCCCAGCCCUCGGAGGGAGCCCCGGACAGCCGUGGGGGCUAUUCCCUGAGACCCAGGGGCCCUGCGGAGGAGCGUUCAGCAGAGGAGGAGGGAGACUCUCCUGGUGGCUCCGCGGAGGAAGAUGCUGAGCCCCCUCCGCAGCGGCAGAGGAAGGGGGGUCCCCAGGGAGGGACGGCUCCGCGUGUCUACCCAUGCCCCACCUGCGGCCAGAAGUUCGCCAACAGCAGCAACAUGCGGAAGCACCUGCGGAUCCACACGCGGGAGGCGCUGUACUCAUGCCAUGCCUGUGGCAAGUCCUUCACCGACUCCUCCAACCUGACCAAGCACCAGCGCGUACACAGCGGGGGCCGGGAACGCCCCUUCAGCUGCUCCAAGUGCCCCAAGGUCUUCGCCUCGGCCCCCGAUCUGCAAGAGCACCUGCGGCGCCACGAGGGCAUCCGGCCCUUCCCCUGCAUGGACUGCAAGCGCAGCUUUGUGUCGCAGGCCGAGCUGCUGGCGCACAUCCGCAGCCACGUGGGGCAGCCCCAGACCCUGGCCCCCAAGCCCUUGCUGCGCUGCGAGGACUGCGACAAGAGCUUCGCCGGCCCCAUGCUGCUGCGCCUGCACCAGCGUCGCCACAAGGCCUUUGUGUGCGACGAGUGCGGCGCUGUCUUCACCCUCGAGUUCAAGCUGCUCUUCCAUAAGAGCUUGCACAAGGGGCCGCAGACCUGCGCUCACUGUGGGGUGCAGUACACGGGAGGGCACUUCUGCCGAUCCCAGUCCCAGUCCCGUGCCUCCCAGCCGGGGCAAAACAGCACCAGGAGUCCAGAGACAUCAUCCCUCCUGGUCAGAGUCCCUGACUCUGUCUCGACGGCAGGAUCCACCCUGGCCAGGCCCCCAGCCCCACUAGCAGCCAGGCCCCCAAGCCCUGCCCCAGCUGACCCCCCAGACUCUGCCCCGGCCAGGCCCUCAGCCCCACUAGCAGCCGGGCCCCCAGGCUCCGCCCUAACCAGGCCUGCAGCCCUGGCCCCACUAGCGACUGGGCCCCCAGGCUCUACCCAAGCCGGGCCCCCAGCCCCACUAGCGACUGGGCCCCCAGGCUCUGCCCCAGCCUCACUAGCUGCCAGGCCCCCAAGCUCCAUCCCAGCCAGGCCCCCAGCCCAAGUAGCAGUAAGGCCCCACAGCUCAACCACAUCGAUGGCCCUGGCCUCACUGGCCCCUGUCUCAGUCCCCUUGACCAUCCCUCCCUCAGACCCACUCACAGGAGUGAUAAGUAACGGCCUGAUCCUACUGAACCCGGCAACCUUGCCCCCGGGCACCAAGAUCAUCCUUCAGAUCCCACCCCAGAUGGUCGUGCCCCCCAGGGACACGGGCACGAGAGCCGGGAGUACUGACGCGCAUACUCUGCAAGGACCGGUACCCAGAAGGAUGCGAGUGCUGCGCCCAGCCCCAGCCAAAGCUCAGUGGCCAGCAGGAGAGCAGCACGGUGAGCUCACCAGCAGCAGGACGGCAGCAGAGAAGGGGAAUGGGCCACACCCCCUGCCAGUGCCAGCCCCAUCCCAGCCCCUGCACCCCCCCCCACCAUCAGCCCCCCUGCAACCCCCACCUCCCUUAGGCCCACCACUGCCAGCUUCCCCACAGCCCCUGAUUCCGCUGCCGCCCCCACCACCCCCUUCAGCCCCUCCACAGCUGCCAGGCCCCUCCGAGGAGCUCGGGGCCGAGCAGGGAGCGUGGCACAAACCCUACAACUUCCGGCAGUCCCAGUCCCAAGUGACAUACACGGAGCAGGGAGCAGGGGAGGGCAGCGACCCAGGGGGAAGCUCUGGGGAGGACUGGGCAGGGGAGAGUGGGGACGAAGAGGAGGAGGAGCUGGAGCCUGUCCCCCAGGGGCGGAGGCGAGGCCGCCCACCCAAGAAGCGGAGGCGAGGCCGGCCCCCCCUGGGACCCUACAUCUGUGUGGUCUGUGCCAAGCGCUUUGUGUACCAGAGGUCACUGAAACAGCACAUGCGGCUCCGCGGGCACCAUCCCUCAUGCCACCAGUGCCACGCCACCUUCGGCGAUCUCCCCAGGCUGCAGCUCCAUCUGCUCAGCCACCAGGCGGAGGGCAGGACAUGAGCGGGCAUGGGUGAGGCUCGGAGCAAACCACUGCUGUGCCUACCCCCCAACCCCUGUGGGGGCCCUCACUGCAAACACCCCCUCGCUCUGCUCCUGCAGCCUCACCCCAUUGCAGAGCAGGCAGCUGUGUUGGGUUGUUUGGACUGAGCUGACGGACCACCCUGGGAGAACCUGCACCCAGACGUCUCUUCUCUGGCCUGGCCUUCCACAUGCCAUUCUGCCCUGGCACCCAUUGGCAUCCUCGGGUCAUCCACCUCUUGGAUUCCCGUGUCACUGGGGGCAGGGCAGGGCCUCUUCUCACCUGAAAUGCUACUGCCCUCUGUUACUCCACCGGAUAAAACACUGCCCUGAGGCUGGUUGGGGGCUGCGUGUCCUUUGUGUGUUAGUGGUGGGGACCAGUGACUUGUUUUUUCAUGUCCCCCCAUGUGUGGCAGAGCUUGGACACAAGAAUGGAAAGGCCCCUGCCCAGCCCCUCUGCCUUAAGGGGUCAGAUGGAGCAAGACAAACACGACUGAUUUUAUUUUUUUUUAUUAAAAAAUGUUUUUAAGCAAA